AUGAAUCUGCAGUUCAAGUUCUGCGCUAUCGUGUUCUUCGCGCUCGUGCAGAGGAGCCUGUCGAUGAUGAAGGCUAUGAAGGACGAUCACUCUAGAACGGCAGAAUGUGGAUGUCCAGCAGUCUGGCAGCGGCAGCCGCGUCAGCUGAGAAGCCACGACCCGGACAACGGGGCGCCAGGCAGGUCGACCGGGCGCAUCUUCAACGGUAAGCCGAGCAGGCGAGGCUCUUGGCCCUGGCAGGUCUCCUUGCAGUUGCUACAUCCUAAGCUCGGUUUCAUUGGCCACUGGUGCGGUGGUGUACUCAUUGACGAGAGCUGGGUUCUCACGGCUGCCCACUGCGUGCACAACGACCUCUUCAACUUGCCAAUCGGGGCACUUUGGACGGCGGUGGUAGGCGAGUGGGAGCUCGAUUCAGGUGGUCGCGGAUCUGCACGGCUGCCAGUCGAGCGGGUGAUACUUCACGAGAGAUUCGAGAAUUAUGUGCACGACAUUGCCCUGAUGAAGCUAGCGCGUCCAGCGCCACUGUCCAAGGUCGUGCGGACGAUUUGCUUACCAGCCGAGGACGAGGAGCCGAGGGCAGGUCUGGAGUGCGUGACAUCGGGUUGGGGUCGCUCGGGUCCGUCGCCGUCGUUGUCGAGUGCCCUACUCGAGGCGAACGUGCCGCUACUCGAACUCGCCGAGUGUCUCAAGGCUUAUGGGAAGUCGGUGCCUAUCAGGGAUGGACAUCUGUGCGCUGGGAAUACCGAUGGAUCCAGUGGCAGUUGCGUGGGCGACUCUGGCGGUCCACUGCAGUGUCGUAGGCCCGACGGCGUUUGGCAGCUGGUCGGCGUGACGUCCUUCGGCUCGGGCUGCGCCAGGCCUGGCUUUCCAGACGUCUACACCAAGAUUCAGUAUUACUCCCCUUGGAUCCGGGACACCAUCGCCAACGACGUAAACAGAUAAACGCGUCGACAUCGGCUAAUCUUAUUUCAUCGCUUAUCGGCAUCCCCGUCAUUGUACUUGUACAUAACUCUGUAUAUAACUUUUAACUACGUUAUUGUUGAACUAUUUUGUCAAUUGUUGCAGUAGUGUGUUUAUCUUAUUUAAAUCGCGUCAUAUUUUUAGUUUUAGAGCUUUUACGCGUAUACGCGCAUUGUAUAAUAAGAUACGAAGCGAAUAGCUUGUUAUCCGACAAAAUCUUAUACUGGCUCGUGUCUGCAUUUUAUAUAAUAUACGCGGAAAUAUACAAGAAACCCAUACGCGAUUGCUUUUCCGUUGCGCAAUACUGGCAUUACUCGCAUCUUAUAGACGUAGUAUAGGAUCUAAUAUUAUAUUAAAGCUUAUAUUUAUAUACACUUUUUUAAGGCAUCGAUUGUAAAUAAAUUGUGUGACGUACCAGUUAUACUACAAUUUUUCGCUCUAAUAAUAGUAGUAGAACAGCGACAUAAUAUGUAUCGAUAGAGCGCGUUGGCUAUGCGGAGGCGCACACGGGCAGAAUGCGCACAUUAAUUGAGAUCUAAUACGACGCACUUAGGUCGCUAAUGCAGCUGUCUCCCUUUUCUCUCGGCGGCCGACGCCGGGAAAAGCGGAGAGAUGCCGCCGUGCUGCACCGGUUGCAGGACUUUAGGCGCCGGCAUUCGCUCUGCGCUUGCAUUUCGUUAACGGCAUUUAUGUAUAGCUAUUAUGGAAUACAAUCGAAAAAUAUUUCGACCUUUAUAAAAUUAUAUACCAAUAAGCAAAAUGAAAAAAUUGAGCGAAAUUAAAGUGAAAAUAGAGCAAAAUGUCAUUGAUAAAAGUUGCAAAAAGACGGCACGCACACAUCUGUAUACGAGCGCGUGUAUACGCCGCGCGAAAUAAUUAAGAAUUAUAUACGCAGCGCUAGCGUUUUAUCAGGUGCGCCAGCUGUUGCCGGCUAAUAUGUAUAAGUGCGUAAAAAGGGACAUAUGCAGGCAGCAGCGCAGUCUUGUUUGUGGAUAAUUAAAUCGCUGUUAUCUCUUUUCUCCGCAA